ACACUCGAGCACCCACGCUUUUCAACGUCAUGCAAAUCUUCAGCAAGGAAGAGUAACGCGUUUUUAUGGAAACGAAAAGAAGAGCCAUUUUUCCGCUCGAUAAAUGCGAGCAGAACGGUUUGCUUCACAUACCGAAGAUAUACGCACGAGUGGAAUCAGGAAAUUGUUGCCGAAUAAUAAGAAUAAAUGGAGCAAACAGUCCCGAGGCCGGACGUGGUCAAGUCCCGCAAAGUGUUUCCGAGAAAACGCCAAGUACAGCUCGGGAUGUUGUUGGCAAGGUUUUACUAAAAGAUUGGCGGGCGGCAAGGAUCGGCAGGAUGACCCAUUGACCGUGACCCAUCUUCCUCGGAGCAGAUGUACUUGCGGAUGGGGAAUGGAAUACGAGAAAUGGAAAUUGCCGAAACUGAAUUGUAGAAGCAACUGCAGGACGUGAAGGAGAAAUCGACGUUAGAGAGGAAACGAAUACUCAUGGUUCAGGCCACGAUCUAUAAGAUAAUAUAAUAUAAGGUCUAUAAGAUCGUGGUUCAGGCUGACGAAAAAUCAGAAUUGACGAAGUUGCGAAACAUUCUUUUCCGUUCGUCCCGGCUAAAUAUUUCUCUUGAAAUACGUAGAGAGACGUGUACAAUCUUGUUUCUCCUAUGGGAAGGAAAACAUUUUACUUGCGUUAUCGGUACACGUUGUUAUCAUAGGUGUAAUAAACGUGCGAAACGUUGCGCGCGAUUAUCAUUUCAGAAAUGGGAAGAUCUCACGUCGACGGAUCAAGAAUUGCAAAUCCAAUGACAGAGGAUUGCGGAAGAGAAACAAGAGUUAGCUAACGCGUUCGCUGAGAAGGACAACGAAAUUAUUAACUUGAAGGAGAUUGACGCAAACGAAUAAGAAUUUCUCCGGUUAAGCCACGAGAAGAGAAAUAUGAGGUGGAAAUAGGUAAACGGACAUUACGACGUUGAAUCAACGGACUGAAGAUCAGAGCGCGGAUUUCUACUCUGAUGAAAAUUACGGGAAGG